AUGCAUUCCAAACUCCCCCGCUUUAGCAUCCUGCUACAGACAGCGCUCACUCUCCUACUAACCGUCACUCAUACACUCGCAUACCGGCCCAUAUCCAACAAGACCCUAACUCACCUCCCCCGACCAAACACAGACUUCAACAUCCACAAUGGUACACUUCUCUCCCCUAACCUCCAAACCCGCGUCCCAGGAAGCCCAGGCUCUGAAGCAACGAGAUCUCACUUCACUAACUUCUUCGCCAAAACACUCCCACACUGGAAAAUCGAAUUCCAAAACUCCACAGCCAAAUCCGACACCAAUGAAAUACCUAUCAUAAACAUCAUCGCCACUCGUGAUCCACCGGGUAUCCCGGCAGGUAACAUCAGCAGAUUAACCCUAGUAGCUCAUUACGACAGCAUGAAUUCCCCAGAAGGGUUCAUCGGCGCAAUAGAUAGUGCAGCUCCCUGCGCGAUAAUCAUGCAUGCCGUACGAAGUAUCGAUGCAGCGUUGAGUCGCAAAUGGGGUACGUUACCUACGGUACAGAAAGCGGAGGGUAUACAAGUUAUCUUCACAGAUGGAGAGGAGGCAAUUUAUCCUGACUGGAUGGAGAUAUUAUUCGGGGCGCGAUCAUUAGCUGCGGAGUGGGAGAAUACGCGGUAUCCGCCGGCAUCUAGGUAUUCGAGUCGGUUAAAGGCUAUCUCCUUAUUUGUCUUGCUGGAUCUCCUUGGGUCGAGGGAGCCGAAAAUUGCAUCGUAUUUUAAUACGACACACCAUGUAUAUAAGCGGGCUGCUGUGCUUGAGAAGCGGUUAAGAGGGCUCAAUCAGUUCAAGUCGACUGGCACCAGACCUUGGUUUGUUGAUGUUGAUAGAGAUACAAUUGGGGCGAACAGGUUUCCUAUAUAUGAUGAUCAGGUGCCGUUCGAGGAACGGGGUGUGGAUGUGCUGCAUUUGAUUGAUGCCAAUCCUGAUACUGGGCGUUUUCCGAAUGUGUGGCAUACUUUGGAGGAUACCGGGGAGAACUUGGAUCUUGAUGUUCUGGGGGACUGGAGUGUUUUGCUUAUUGCUUUUAUGGUUGAGUGGCUGGAGUCGGAGGGUUAUAUGAUUUGA